AUGUACUCGGAAGAGAGCAGCGUGGCGAGCGUGCUCUCUUGGUGGCCGGACGAAAGUAACGUUGAUGAAACGUCGGUUGCUCUCGAAGCGGAGUUAGAGUCCCAAGAGCAGUCUGCGUACGCCGCGGAGGCGGCGUUCUCCAAUUUCUUCGAGAACCCAUCAGGACCUUUUCGGAAGGUAUUUCCGAAUUUCUACACUGAGCUCUGGAACGCGGGACCUGAUCUGACGGCGGUGCUGCAGGACGAGGACGAGGACGAGGACGACAACUACAACAUAGACGAUGAUAUGGCGGCGGUGACGGCGCAAGUCGACGAGGCGAAUGCCGGAGGUUGCAUGUAUCAGCAGCCCUCAUUCCGUGGGGAAUUGGCCGCGGAAGGCGAGUUGGUAUUGAAGCCUUCGCCCGCCACACGGUUUCUCGACGAGCACCCUGGCGAGUGCCUGCUCAUCCCGGUCGACCCGGCAAUAAACCGCAGUCAUCUGCGGGAGCAGCACGAGGCAGAGUACCCCGAGAUUGACUUUUUUGUAGGCUACAUUGACACCGAACCAACAGGUUGGGCGCUGCUGCUUUCCUGUGAUCGGGGAAUAGUGAGGGCAAUGCAGGACCUGUAUCCAGGUUGCCGCUUUGCGACAGCUGAUGAUUAUCAAAUGUUCUACAAGACGAGGCGUCGGAGAAAUGGAAAGGACACCGACGCGUUUGUGGUUUCGGCAAAAAAGCCGUCCUUAAAUCGUAUCUUGUCGAGGAAAAUGCACAAUUCGGAGGAGCUUUCCUAUUUUCUUGAUAGUAUUGGGGGCCUGCAGAAUGCUGUCUUCGUCGCCCUUGACGCAGAGGCGGCGGUUGUUUCCCGUGGUGCAAUCCCUUUGCCGUUGGAGAUUGCACUGGUCCCCGUCACACCCACAGAGAAGUUGCCGUGUUUCCACUGUUUCCUCCACCCUGGUGAGGUGACGGAUGUGACGACAGCUUGCAAGCUGAGCUGCAACAUGCUAAAGGGGAGCCAUUGUAUUCCUUUUCGCAAUGCAACCUUUCUGCGUGACGACUACACGGAAAUUGCUUGUGAAAUCGGGCGCUAUCUGGCGUGUGAUAACGUUGUUCUAGUGAACAAGGGAAGCACCAUGGAUGUUCACGCGCUGCGAUGGGUAUUUGCUGCCGCCUGUGCAACGGAGGGAAGUGAGCUACACGUACCGAGCAUCCACGACAUCCGUUGCUUCGACGUGGACACCGUGUUGGGAGUUCUGUCCUGCGGGGAUGAAAAGGAAGAGGCCACAUCCAAGGACGAAGAGGCUGAGGCGUGCUGGUAUCACACUGAGAUAAAGGAGCCUAUCGCUUGUGAGGUUCCAUUUCUUUCAGACAUACAUUGUGCACUUCGUGAUGCUAUUCACAUCUCUCAGAAGCUUCGGCCAUUCUUGUGUGCUUAA